GGAGGAGCUGGACCGUGUAAAGCCUGCGGUAACCCGGGGCAAGACGGGGUGUGGGGCUAGCCUGGGGUCCGGGUGCCUUUCAGUCUGCACGCGUGUUGGGAUUGGAGUAGGUGAGGAUGAGAAGGGUGGGAAAGAGUUAUCGGGGUUCAGACGGUACCUAGAGCAGCUUGCUGGCCUUUUGAAAAGGGCUCCCAAGUUCGAAGCCUGCCCUGCUGUUGAGGUCAGCCCUUCUGGCCCGAGGAGUCAGGAAAUCCUGGAUAUAGCUCUGCGGGCUGAACUGAGCAUCCAGGGGGUGCAGGGCACCACGACCCAGCCACACCCUCUGCCUCAGGAUGGAGAUGUCUGCCCAGAGGUUGCCUUCUAACAGGACAUCCCCACAGUCACCAUCUAACUCCGACUACACCUGGGAAUAUGAGUACUAUGAGAUUGGACCGGUUUCCUUCGAAGGACUGAAGGCUCAUAAAUAUUCCAUUGUGAUUGGAUUCUGGGUUGGUCUUGCCGUCUUUGUGAUUUUCAUGUUUUUUGUGCUGACUUUGCUGACGAAGACAGGCGCCCCACACCAAGACAAUGCAGAGUCCUCAGAGAAGAGAUUCCGAAUGAACAGCUUUGUGUCAGACUUUGGGAAGCCCCUGGAGUCAGACAAGGUGUUUUCUCGUCAGGGCAAUGAAGAGUCCAGAUCUCUGUUCCACUGUUACAUCAACGAAGUGGAACACCUGGACAAGGUUAAAGUUUGUCACCAAACAACAGCCAUCGACAGUGAAGUCCACCUCCAGGAAGCCAUCAGAAGCAGUGGGAGGCCCGAGGAGGAGCUAACCAGGUUUAUGCAGUUUGACAUCCCCAACUUGGUGAACACAGACCAGAACUCCUUUGGGGAGGAUGAUCUUCUGAUUUCAGAACCACCUGUUCUUCUAGAAAAUAAGCCAGUUUCCCAAUCUUCACGUAUAGACCUGGGCUGAGAGACACUUGUGGGUGCCUUCCUAAAGAUGUAUUCUGUCUCUGUACAGCAAGAAACCACAUGCUACCUACACUUGUGUGUGUGUGUGUGUGUGUGUGUGUGUGUGUGUGAGAGAGAGAGAGAGAGAGAGAGAGAGAGAGAGAGAGAGAGAGAGAGAGAGAGAGAGGAGGUGAUGGGGGAGAGGAUGAUGCUUAAAGUUUAAGGUCUAGGCUAAGACUGGGAUGUAGUGAGAGAGGGGCAGAAUUUGGAGAUGGAAGGCACCAUUUUGAUUUGGGGGGAUGAUUUUUUUUCUUGUCAUCGACAGUAUUAAAGCUUCUUUAUUGAAACAAUUAGCCACGUAUGCAAUUGAGCUCCCUCCUGGAUGAGGGUUAGGUCACUGCAGUCUGAUCUAGCCCUUUCCUACCAUUCUCUGCCUAUAACAAGCUGCUUUGCCUCUCUGGCCUGCUGUGGUUUUACAGGUAAGGUGGCCUAUCUGGAGUAGAUGGCCUAUCCCAGCUCUAAAAUUUUGUGACUUCCAGACUUAGCAUCUGAGACAAGCUAAGAAACACAUAAGCAGUAGUAAAUAGAACAUGGCAUUCUGGCUUUCAUGGCAGCUUCUCCAGGUCUUGGUACCCUCCCUUUGCUCAGCCCUUCAUUGAGUCUCACUUGAGUUAGGGAACCUUUACCAGGAAAUGCACACGCACUGUGGACAGUAUUUCUCAGUUAUGCUGCAGCAAUUCAUGUGAAGAACUCCACCCACCCCGGCUUUAAACUGGGAUGGCUUUGACCCCAGUGAGUACCAUCCUAAAUGUUUCAUAAGCAUUUGUGCUCUCAAAAAAAUCGUAGGGCAGAUUGUCAUCUGGCUGAUGUGGGUCCCUGCUGGGUGUCCCUGUGUUUGCAUCCCUGCAUGCACACUUCUGAACUAUUCGGCUUCAGAACAAGAAGAUACUACUUGCCAUGAUCUGCCUGGCAGAUGUGUAGGUGUCGGCUGCCUGGCUUGGAGCUGAGAGAGUCAGUGGGUUGUUUGUGCCACAGUAGCAGAUGUUCAGGACUGUGCUGAUGUUAGUGUAAGCAACGUGAUGUUCAUUCCACAAAGGAAGCAACCCUUUGCUGGUGUCAGGAGCAACCCCGUCUUGCACACAGAGAGUUGUAUGCAUGGGCAGCUGCUAAUCUCCAGGUGGCAUCUUCUUUAUGAAUUUGUUCACCAUUUGUCUUGCUUAAGUUGCAAAAUAAAUGCAUUUGAUUGCA